GUGCUGAGGGGACACAUUUGCAGUGCGCACCCACUUCCUGCGGAGAAUAUAAAUACACUCGUAGCUCCUAGCAGCCAGCUAGACGACUUGUGGAAAACAAAGUUAUGUCUGGCUGUCAAGUGGAUAGAGAAAGACUCUUUUUAAAAAUGGACGUUAUUCCUCGGUUCUCCGUACAUUAACAAGCAGAACAAACAUCCCCCCAUGUCCAGAGAGCCGCCGGCAGCUGGUGACAAGUCAACUGCGAACGUAAGUUACUAGCUGACGUUUAGCUAGUAAUGUCUCUAACGUUACCAUCCGCCGACAUACUUGAAACACCUCCUGGAUAUCCCUUUGAAGAAAUCAACUAUGAGGAUAUUGAAGUUGAGGAGGUGGUGGGGAGAGGAGCUUUUGGGGUUGUUUGCAAAGCCAAAUGGAAAGGCAAAGACGUCGCAAUCAAGACCAUUGAGAGUGAAUCAGAGAGGAAAGCCUUUAUUGUCGAGCUUCGGCAGCUUUCACGUGUGAAUCACCCCAACAUUGUGAAGUUGUAUGGCUCUUGCAAUAAUCCAGUCUGCCUUGUGAUGGAAUAUGCUGAAGGCGGGUCAUUGUACAAUGUGCUGCAUGGUGCUGAACCCCUCCCCUAUUACACUGCUUCCCAUGCCAUGAGCUGGUGUUUUCAGUGCUCCCAGGGCGUGGCCUAUCUCCAUGGCAUGAAACCAAAGGCUCUCAUUCACAGGGACCUCAAGCCACCCAAUCUGCUUCUGGUGGCAGGUGGCACUGUGCUGAAGAUAUGUGACUUUGGAACAGCAUGCGACAUUCAGACCCACAUGACCAACAACAAAGGAAGUGCAGCAUGGAUGGCCCCAGAGGUAUUUGAAGGCAGCAAUUACAGCGAGAAGUGUGAUGUGUUCAGCUGGGGGAUCAUUCUCUGGGAGGUGAUCACUCGCAGGAAGCCCUUUGAUGAAAUCGGAGGACCAGCUUUUCGCAUUAUGUGGGCUGUGCACAACGGUACAAGACCUCCUUUAAUCAAAAAUUUGCCGAAGCCCAUUGAGAGUCUGAUGACUCGCUGCUGGUCUAAAGACCCCUCUCAGCGGCCUUCCAUGGAGGAGAUAGUGAAGAUCAUGACUCAUCUAAUGAAGUACUUCCCAGGAUCUGAUGAACCGCUGCAAUAUCCAUACCAGUAUUCGGAUGAGGGACAGAGCAACUCUGCAACUAGUACAGGUUCAUAUGUGGACUACACCGGCACCACCACAACCAACAGAAGCGACGCAAACAUGGAGCACAGUGAUUCUCAAGGGAGCAAUGACACUAUCAAGAUUACGCCUCCUUACUUCAAGCCAAAGGCAGACCCAUUGAGGACUCUGCCUCUGUCCAGGGGGGGCAGUGUUGAGAGUUUGCCUGCACGAACACAGUGCCUGGCAUCAUCUGACAGCAAAAGAAUGAGUGCUGACCUGUCGGAGCUCGAGCCCAAGAUACCAUUUACACCUGCAGCACGUCCCCAGUAUAAACGAGGCCACCGUAAAACUGCAUCAUUUGGCACCAUUCUCGAUGUCCCCAAGAUCGUCGUCACAGCCACAUGUGAUCCCCAGAGACGUCGGUCUGUGCAGGAUCUGCCCGGCAUCGGCACAGAGUCCAACCAGGGGAGCAGGAACAGCAGCCGGUCCUCCAGUCCUAGUGUGAGGAUGAUGCCACCUGAUAAGACGGGCAGCAGAGGUUACUACUCCCCUGAUGACCCCACAGACACCAACGGCUCAGACAACUCCAUUCCCAUGGCUUAUCUCACCCUGGAUCACCAGCUGCAGCCUCUCGCUCCCUGUCCCAACUCCAAAGAAUCCAUGGCCGUGUUUGAGCAGCACUGCAAGAUGGCCCAAGAAUACCUGAAAGUGCAAACAGAGAUCGCCCUGCUGAUCCAGAGAAAGAAGGAGCUCAUCGCUGAACUGGACCAAGACGAGAAGGACCAGCAGAACACGUCCCGUCUGGUGCAGGAGCACAAAAAGCUGCUGGAGGAGAACAAGAGUCUGUCCACAUACUACCAGAAGUGCAAAAAACAGCUGGAGCUGAUCCGGGUCCAGCAACAGAAGAGACAGGGCACGUCGUGAUGAGACAGAGACAUAUGAACUGCUACCAUCCCUACUCCCUGCCCAGCCACCCUCCUCCUCCUCCUCACCCCAGCACUAUAACACUACGCCCCCCCCCCCCACACACACACACACACACACACUGCUCCCAGUCCAGCUUUGUAAAGAGACCUGCAAUUCUACUGUGUGCUGCAUGUUUGCAUCGUAGACCCUUACUUCUGUCCAGCAGGAAAGAUGACGUCCUCUGUACAUACAUUUUGCACAUCCUCACAGUGUAUCCUGUGAGCGCAGACCAAACAAUCACUGCACCCUCCCUCAUCCUGAUCACCCCCAGACACCCCAGACACCCCUGCUGCUGCUGCUGUGUGCUCCGGGACGGACCCUUUUCCUUCAGCGGCUGUGUGUCCUCUUUGAGCGUGAUGGCGGUGCCGAUGAGCGUGGGGGUCGCGUGUUUUUCUCUAUGUUUGCUCUCAGGGCCUUCUGGGCUGCCUGGUCAGUGUGUGUCCACUCCCUCAGCAGCCGACGGCCACACCGUCCUCCAGAAUGUGAAAAAAACCCGAGACAAAAAGGCGUGAAUCAUAUGCAGGAAUUGUGAGAUCAACGAGGAUGUUUGAAACCCUGUUGUGCGUGCGUGGAAUCCCCCGUUAUGCAAAACCACCCACCCCUUAAAUCGACGUAUUUAUCUCUUAACCUCUCCUCCCUUUUUUCUAAUUGUGAGCAUGAGCCCCUUUCCACAGACCACCACAGCUGUUUACUUCUUCAAGGUGUCUUCAGUUUCAGAGAGGGACGUGUACUUCCUGUCAGACAUCACAGAAAAAAAAGGAAUAGCUUUGGGUUAUGUGUGAAAACCUGGAUGCAGCGUUAAUAAUCUGCUCCUCAUGCUCUUAAAAACAAAAAAACACACACACACCAAGCUUCCAGAGCAAAUACAGGGUGCCGUGGAUUCCCUCUUUAUUUUGACUUCAGUAUUUGUUUUUUGCGUGUAGAUGUUUUUUGUCUUUUCUAUUCAGUAGUUCACUUUGUACGAUAGCUCUCGUGUCAUUUUUUUUUGCAUUAGGACAUAUUUUAUCUGGUCUGGGAAUUGCCCUUGCGGACAAAAAUAGAGGAGCCUAUAGCUCCCUAUAAUACAUUAUCUAGUUUGUUUUUUAGUUCACAUGUUGCCUUAGAAGUUGCCUGCAUUUUAAGUGCUUGUUUUACGUGACCUUUUAGUGGGGAUAAAAGCUACAAAAAAAAACACAAAAAAGAAGAUAUUUUUAAUGUAAUGAGACGGUGAAUGAAAUUCUUUCCGGAGAGGGGGGAGUGAGAAGGAUCUAUGUCAGUAAAGCUGAUCAUGUAAAUGUUUUCCCACCAGCUGUACAUCCAAAAAACACGACAUGUACUCUAAAAAGAAUGUGAUUUUUUUUCAUAUCCCUCAAGUACUUUUUGCACAAUCACUUUUUGUUUUUGUCUGGUUGGUCAUGUACAAAUUUUUAUUUCUCAUUUUAAGCAAUUCAGAUUUUUAAAAAAGAAGACAAAGACUUGAUGAGUCUUACUUUUUAGAUGUGUUACUGUACAGGAGUGAAUCUUUCACCGGUUCUCCUCAUGAGUUUUCUGUUCACGAAGAAUUAAUUUACCACACACACACACACACAGCGCUGUUUAUGAAGUGUUUCCUAAGUUAUUGGGGGACUGAGCUACAGUAUAUGACAGUGAGCAAGGCAUUAUGAAAUAAACUGAAUGGUGAAAAGA